AUGCGUCUCUCCUCUUCCGCAUUUCUUCCCCAUCCCUUUCUCUAUUUAUUCUUUCUUCUUCCUCCUCUUCUUUUACAUCCUUCCCCUCACUUUUUCCAUUCUGAAUCACUAUUAUUUACACCCUCUUCCUCCUCUUUGAUCAUUCUGCCGCGUCUCUCCUCUUCCGCAUUUCUUCCCCUUCCCUUUCUCUAUUUAUUCUUUCUUCUUCCUCCUCUUUUCAUCCUUCCCCUCACUUUUUCCAGUUCUGAAUCACUAUUAUUUACACCCUCUUCCUCCUCUUUGAUCAUUCUGCCGCGUCUCUCCUCUUCCGCAUUUCUUCCCCUUCCCUUUCUCUAUUUAUUCUUUCUUCUUCCUCCUCUUCUUUUACAUCCUUCCCCUCACUUUUUCCAUUCUGAAUCACUAUUAUUUACACCCUCUUCCUCCUCUUUGAUCAUUCUGCCGCGUCUCUCCUCUUCCGCAUUUCUUCCCCUUCCCUUUCUCUCUUUAUUCUUUCUUCUUCCUCCUCUUCUUUUUUACAUCCUUCCCUCACUUUUUUUGAUCAGUUCUGAAUCACUAUUAUUUACACCCUCUUCCUCCUCUUUUUCCUAUCAUUCUGCCACUAUUAUUUUACUCUCUCCUCUUCCGCAUUUCUUCCCCUUCCUUUUCUAUUUUUUUUCUUUCUUCUUUCUCCUCCUCUUUUACAUCCUUCCCCUCACUUUUUCCAGUUCUGAAUCACAAUUAUUUACACCCUCUUCCUCCUCUUUUUAUCAUUCUGCCGCGUCUCUCCUCUUCCGCAUUUCUUCCCCUUUUUUCUAUUUUUUCUUUUUCUUCUCCUCCUUUUUAUUCUUUUCUUCUUCCACUAUACUUUUUCUCGUCAUCCUCCCUAUACUUUUUCUCCUUACUUUUCUUUCAGUCCUUCUCAUUUUUCUUUCUCAUUAUUUACCCUUUCUUCUUCUUCAUCGGCUUUGGUAUUCUUCUUCGUCUUGA